UAAACAGUUGAAUUCAGAGUGAGAAAUGUACCCAUGGCGAAGACUCCGGCGAUAUCCAUGUUAUAUUUGUAACCGACGUGCAUUGCGAACGAUCCACCCAUACCGAAUCCACCUGUAACAACGAUAAUGCCAGAUUUUCGAAGUGGUUCCAAAUGAAAAUCAACGUUCAAUUUCGGUGGGUCUAUGAAUGCGAAUGUCUUGACGUAAGAAUUCCGUCAUCGAUGAAAGAUCGCAGGGAUUACCAACGUGUGUGAUGGAAUCCCCUCGUCUACGUAGACGAUGGAGAAUUGGAGAUAGAUUUUUGAAAUGGAGUCGCGAAUGUAGCCUGGAUUUGAAGUGAAGAUAGAUGCUGUGAACUCUCAAAUGACCUGUUUCAUCGGCGGACUGGAAAAGCCUUCCAUUGUUACUUUGUCUCAACGAUUCAGGUUGACAAUCGCCGCUACCGUCAACGUCAUAAGUCAUGAAGUGAUUUGCAGUUUGACCUUUGCCGACAACAAAAUAGCGUCCUUGAUACCACGAGCAAGCGAGUACAAAUUUCCUUCCAAAAAUGAUGAAGUAUGAACUCGCGUAUGUGAAUAAGAUGUCCAAUGCCCUCUCCCAUCUUCAUUAUCAUCCCUGACGAGCAACAUAAACGUGCCAUCAAUGCUGUCUGGAUGGGUUCAAGGUGCCACUACUGCCACUACUGAAGCUAAAGAUUCGAGUACCCCUGCCCAAGGCGGACUACUCAACUCUAUUAUGUCAAUGGGUGGAUUGAAGGAAAAAUUCCAAAACUUCCUACUCUCUCAUAUGCCGCAGCUAUCCGACGAAAUGAGCGUACAAUUUUUAGAAGUGCUCAAAAUACUGUUAGGAAGCGCCCCUAUACCCGGAGCUAGUUUAUUUAUAACUCCCGUUAUCGACGGUAUGAUCAGAAAGUACCAUAAAGAGCCCAGCAAAACGAUCGCUUUGAAUCCAGAUACCACGGACGCUUUGAUAUUCAAAUUAAUGACGCAUAAAAUGGAAGAUGGCAAUUUACAAGAAUUUUUACAAAUUGGAGGCGAUAGCGGUUUGAUGAGGCAGAUCGAGGGGCAUUUUAUGAAAUCCUUGCAGCAGGUUAUCGAUCAUUCUAGCGCCAAUUUCAUGGAGGAGGUUAAGAAAAAGGCGGCGAUGAAAUCUACCGUUGAAGUUGGGUCUGCGAAGAAUUAAAGUAAAUCGUACGCAUAUCUUUAAUCGUAGAAUAUCUGCGUGAAAUUUAUCUGUAAUCAAUUUUAUGCGGGCGGGGGGGGGGGGGGGGAAGAAUCGACCGAAUAUUCACAAUUUUUGAAAAUUUUCAAUUGACUCAAUUUCAAAAUGAAAAGUAAAAUAUUUUGCAAGCACAAAAAUUACGCAUAGAUCGUUCUGAAUAUCCAUUAAAAAAAAAAAAGCGAACUGCGGAGGAGGGCAUUUUUCAGUUAGUUCAAAAUUAUUCAUAUUUUUUUCUGUUUUUUAUUUAUUUUUUUUUCAAAGUAAUCAAAUUAUUGAUCGAUUGAUUGAUCACUUAAUUGGUUGAAUGAAUUUGGCUUGAUUUCAUUUUCCGAUCAUUUUAUUUAAGAUUACAUACCUAAUUACUUUUUACAAUUAUUGAUUAUAGAAGAAUUUAUCUCGCUCAAUCGAUCCAAUAAAAAUACUGAUUUGUAGUAAUCGACUGUUUUAUUUCGAUUAAUCAAAAGACGAUUUAAUUUUCAACAAUCUCAAAUAGAGAAAGGUUUAAUCUCAAAUUGCCAUUUCGAUUUAUAAUAUAUGAAUUUUAUUUGAUUAAUUAAAUAUUGAAUUCAAUUAGAAAAAAAAUAACUCCCAAAAAAUGAGAUAAGUAUUACCUACGAGAAAAUGAGCAAGAACAUUGAAAAUUUAAAAAUACAUCCUUCUUGAAAUUCUGAAUUAGAAUCUGAAGUACCCAAGCUUCUUUCUCACGAUUUGGUUUCACUACUUUAUUUUCUCAACGUGUGAUCAGAGCGCAGGGUCCCUCUUUGGGGCGAUUUUUCAGUCGAUCAGACUUAUCCUCAUCCCUUCCUAUUCUAUUUUAGAUGCAAAGUUACCUACUGACUAUCUACUUUAAGCAUCUAUCGUUUCAAUUUAUGGUCUGGUAACUCAAAUUCGACCAAUCUACUCAUAAUAUGAUGUUGAUCAGAGUGAUUUUGGCAGUCAAGAGUCAAGGAGUCGAAAAUUAGAUUAUUUUACGAUGGCCAUUUUCAGAGCCUAAUAAAUUUUAAAACAGAAAUCUAACGAUUAUUUUACUUUAGAUUCGACCUAGGUAAUUGGCCUAUCAGUUGAUUGAAAACGAUCGCUUUAGUACUUAUUUGAAAAAUUCUUGGAAGAAAAAAUGGAAAAUUAUCGAUGGUUAAUAAAGCAUGAACGAGCUUAGUGCAUAAUAUGUAAUUAUUUACGUCGAGG